AUGGCUGCACAGUAUGGCGAAUGGGACUCUGCAGUCCCUGUCAUAUCUGCUGCUCCUGGUUCUGUGGUCCCAGGGAACAAGUCCGUGACAGUCCUGUUGGGGACUCCCGAGUCUUUCCUGUGCCAACUGGAGACCCUGGAAAACUCCACAUACAAGGUGGUGGAGAAGAAACUGGGAUUUCAGAAGAAGGCUGAAUGUAUCAUUAACCACACGGACGCAGACACCGCGGGUUAUCAGGGCCGGUACGAGAAACAGCACAGCUGGUCAGAGCGCAGUGACCCCCUGGAGCUGGUGGGGACAGGGGAGCAGCCCUUCCUCCCUGCUGAUCGAGGCCGCGUGGCAAGGCUUGGAGAGAGGGUUUCCCUCCAGUGUGGUUCAGCGCACGUCCCGUUUGAUAGAUUUUCACUGGCCAUGGAUGGAGAAGCUGCCUUGUCCCAGCACCAAAAUGGGGGACACCGCGGCAACUUCAUCGUGGGUCCUGUGAACCCCAGCUUCUCAGGGAACUACAGUUGCUACGGUUGGUACAGUGGCAGCCCCUACGUGUGGUCGGCCCCCAGCGAGGCCCUGGAGCUUGUGGUCACCGAUAUCACGAACCAAGACUGCACCAUGGAGACCGGGACCCGCAUGGGCGUGGCAGGGCUGGUCUCUGUGGCUCUCGUGGCCGUCCUGGCUGAAAACUGGCUCAGCCGCCAGGCUUCCUGCAAGGAAGACCAGCCUGGCCUGAGCUGGAGUCGACAGAAAUGUCAGAGAAUGGAGCUCUGGACCAAGCCCUCAGCGCCCCGGGCAGACACCUGGGAUGGGGGAGCCGCGCACCGGAUCUGA